UCUCAUCUAUCCACACAAAACCCAGAGAGAAAAACAAGCAUGGCUUCUGGUUACAAUAAUAAGCUUUCCCUUCUUGCUCUUGUUCUCUGUGUAUCAGCAUUGUUGCUCUGCAGCACGUUUAAUCUGGUACAUGCGCGUCCACCCUUUGCAUGUGACCCUCGGAACCCGUUAACGAGAGGGUUCAAGUUCUGCAGGACGAGGGUGCCGGUCCACAUGAGGGUUCAGGACCUGAUCGGACGGCUGACAUUGCAGGAGAAGAUUAGGCUGCUGGUGAACAAUGCCAUAGCUGUGCCGAGGCUCGGCAUUCAGGGAUACGAGUGGUGGUCGGAGGCGCUUCACGGCGUCUCUAAUGUGGGCCCCGGGACUAAGUUUGGUGGGGCAUUUCCGGGCGCCACUAGCUUCCCUCAAGUCAUCACCACCGCCGCUUCCUUCAAUCAAUCACUGUGGCAAGAAAUCGGUCAGGUGGUGUCUGAUGAAGCAAGAGCAAUGUACAAUGGAGGCCAGGCUGGUUUGACAUAUUGGAGCCCUAAUGUGAACAUAUUCCGUGACCCGCGAUGGGGAAGAGGACAAGAGACUCCUGGGGAAGACCCUGUUUUGGCUGCUAAGUAUGCUGCUAGCUAUGUCAAGGGUCUCCAAGGUGAUGGAGCUGGAAACCGGCUUAAGGUUGCGGCAUGUUGUAAGCAUUACACGGCCUAUGAUCUUGACAAUUGGAAUGGCGUCGAUCGCUUCCAUUUCAAUGCCAGGGUUAGCAAGCAGGACUUGGCAGACACAUAUGACGUUCCGUUUAGAGGCUGUGUGUUAGAAGGAAAGGUUGCUAGUGUCAUGUGCUCAUACAACCAAGUCAAUGGAAAGCCUACUUGUGCUGACCCUGAUCUCCUAAAGAACACAAUCCGUGGCCAAUGGAAACUCAAUGGGUACAUAGUCUCCGACUGUGACUCGGUGGGAGUCUUGUAUGAUGAGCAACAUUACACCAAGACACCAGAAGAAGCCGCGGCGGACGCGAUCAAAGCGGGUUUGGAUCUGGACUGUGGGCCGUUUCUCGCAAUCCAUACGGAGGGUGCUAUAAAGUCCGGCCUGCUACAAGAGAUCGACGUGAACUAUGCGCUAGCAAACACUCUUACGGUCCAAAUGAGACUCGGGAUGUUCGAUGGCGAACCAUCGGCCCAACAAUACGGAAACUUGGGCCCAAGAGAUGUUUGCACCCCGGCCCACCAACAGUUGGCACUUGAGGCCGCUAGGCAAGGCAUUGUCCUGCUUCAAAACAAUCGGCAUUCACUGCCUCUCUCGACUGUGCGUCACCAUACCAUAGCGGUAAUUGGGCCCAACUCGGAUGUUACCGUCACGAUGAUAGGAAAUUAUGCCGGUGUUGCAUGUGGCUACACAACUCCCUUGCAAGGAAUUGGGAGGUACACAAAGACCAUUCAUCAACAAGGGUGCACCGAUGUUGCUUGCACUGGUAACCAACUAUUUAGGGCAGCUGAGGCUGCAGCCUGGCAGGCCGAUGCGACCGUCUUGGUUAUGGGCCUCGACCAAUCUAUCGAAGCUGAAUUCCGGGAUAGGACCGGGCUGCUCUUACCGGGACACCAACAAGAGCUCGUGUCGAGAGUGGCUCAGGCCUCUAGAGGCCCAACCAUAUUGGUCUUGAUGUCUGGUGGCCCAAUUGAUGUAUCGUUUGCGAAGAACGACCCAAAAAUUGGAGCCAUAAUUUGGGUUGGAUAUCCUGGUCAAGCAGGAGGAACUGCGAUUGCUGAUGUUCUGUUUGGAACUACUAAUCCAGGUGGGAAGCUACCGAUGACAUGGUACCCCCAAGACUAUGUAUCCAAAGUGCCCAUGACAAACAUGGCCAUGCGUCCUGCCAGAGGCUACCCCGGUAGGACAUACCGGUUCUACAAAGGUCCUGUGGUAUUUCCCUUCGGUCUCGGCUUAAGCUAUACCACCUUUGCCCACUCACUAGCCCAAGUUCCCACAUUGGUUUCGGUACGCCUCACAAGUCUAAGUGCCACCACAAACUCAACCAUGCUAAGCAGUGCUGUGAGAGUCAGCCACACAAAUUGCAAUUCGCUCUCACUUCCUGUUCAUGUUGAUGUUAAAAACACCGGAGCUAGGGAUGGAACUCACACUCUUCUAGUAUUCUCGAGCCCGCCUUUGGGGAAAUGGGCCGCGAACAAGCAAUUGGUGGGCUUUCACAAGGUCCAUAUUUUGGCCGGAUCUCAGAAACGGGUCAAGGUUGAUGUUCAUGUUUGCAAGCACCUCAGUGUUGUUGACCAGUUUGGCAUUCGAAGAAUUCCGAUUGGUGAACAUAAGCUUCAGAUUGGAGAUUUGGAGCAUCACAUCUCCAUUGAAGCCAAUUUAGGAGAUAUUAUAUCUUAAUCAAGAACUAUCAAACCAAAAGAAAAGAAAUUUGAUAGUCACACCCAUUAUUAUAUCAUAGUAUUAAUUAGUUCCUAGUAGUCUUCCUUUUCCCAUAUCAAGGUGGAAAAGUCCACUAUACUGGUGAAGGAAAGACGACACAAGAUCAUAGUGUUCAGCAAGGUUUGAAAUAAAUACUCCUUUUGAGUUAUUCAGAAUACUUUUCAC